CCCCCACUACACUCUGCUGUCCACAGUCCUCCCACUGCCCACCGACAAGACCGGCUGUGAAUUCCUUACAGUUACUUGGAGUCAUACCUUGUAUAUAACUCAAGGUUUUGGUCUACAGAACUCCUGACAGAACCGAGGGUUGUGGCACCAUGACGGUCGGUAAGGCUUUGGUCUCCUGUGUGGCGGCUCUGACUGCAUGGCUCGUCAUCGCAGAUGCCAAGGAGCUAUCCAUCACCACCAUAAAGCAAGAGCCGUACACCAUGAGCAGGGGGUCCGAUAUGGAGGGCUACUGCAUUGACCUGAUCUCAGAGCUCUCCAAGAAGCUGGGCUUCAAGUACAAACUGCACCUGGUGAAGGACAACCGAUACGGAUCCAUCGACUCUAAUGGCAACUGGAACGGCAUGAUUGGUGAAGUAGUCAGAGGGGAGGCUGACCUGGCUGUGGCCCCACUGACCCUCACUGCAGUCAGAGAGCAGUAUGUGGACAUGACCACGCCCUUCAUGCAAACAGGCAUCGGCUUCAUCCUGCACAAAGACAUGGCCUCAGAAGAGAGCACCUUUAGCCUCCUGUCGCCUUUCUCCACGGACAUGUGGGUUGGCGUCCUCAUUGCAUUUCUGCUAACGGGCCUGUGCAUGUUCCUGGUGGGCAGGAUCAGCCCCUCUGAGUGGCCUGAGCCAGACACAGACCAGCACAGCUUCACUUUGCUGCACAGCUUCUGGUACAUCACAGGAGCUCUCACCCUGCAAGGCGCCGGUCCUCACCCUAAAGCCCUGUCUGGACGGGUUGUCGGCGCCAUCUGGUGGAUCUUCGCUGUGCUGCUGCUGGCCUGUUACUUUGGCAACUUCAACUCCAUGUUGCACUCCAACAGGAAGCACAUCUCCAUCAACAGCUUUGAGGACCUCGCUAGCCAGGAUGUGAUCGACUACGGCACCGUGGAGGCUGGAUCCACCAUGCUCUUCUUUAAGCACUCCAACAACCCGGUGUACCGGCGCAUCUACGAGCGAAUGGAGCGUAAGAAAAGCUACGUGUCCAGCAUGGAGGAGGGUGUUCGCCGGACGCAGGAGGGAAACUUUGCCUUUAUCGGUGAAGCCGUGUCCUUGGACUUGGCCGUGGCUCGGUACUGCAGACUGACCCGCUCGCAGGAAGUCAUCUCUAUGAGAGCUUACUCCAUCGCAGCUCCUCUGGGUUCCCCGCUGGUGAAGAACCUGACCAAUGCCAUCCUCCAGCUCAGUGAGUCCGGUGAGCUGACAUACCUGCGGGACAAGUGGUGGGCCAGCAGCUGCGUGAGCGCCGACGGGGCCCACGUCUCGGAGGCCCUGCUGCCCGGUGACCUCCGUGGUCUCUUCCUCCUCCUGGGACUGGGCCUGGGUGUUGGCCUCCUGCUGGCCCUGCUGGAGCUCCUGUCCAGGGCGCGUCACCAAGCCAAGGAUGGCAAGAAAUCCUGCUGCUCAGUCCUGACGUCAGAACUGAACCAGCGGUUCGGCAGCAGAGGGGAGAGCGCCGAGCCAGACAGCGCCGACAAAAGCAAAGCCUAAAGGAGAAGUUUACAUGUCAGCAUUUGUGAAGAUAGCGUCAGAGAUAAGAGCCUCUGUCCAUCCAGCACCCCAGCCUUCUGUGUUGUGUAGUAACCGCCAUGUGUUGGUGUUUCAUGUGUUUUGUAUCCUCCAGAGAAGCUCGGCGGCCACGUAGACCAGCUCGCAGCAACAGGAACGUAGACGUCAUACGUUCAAUACUAAUCACUGUGUUUCCUUUACUGGCUGCUGUUGUGUGUGAUCAUAUAUCCACUCUGAGUAACACAACGUAUAUCUGAGCUCAGUAGUUGUAACAGGUUUUAUUUACUCGUAUAUUCCAAAUAAAUCUCUCAAUAUCA